AUGGUGAAUUCGAAUAAACACGGUCUGAAAAAUGUGUUGACUUCUAUUGUGCCCAAUGCUGGAGUGCAGACGGAUGAGCGAGAUGGUGCUAGUCAGCUACCGAAGAGUGCGGUGGCUGUCAAUAUUCAACCUCCACAACCUGCUAUGGUGGAUAUGAGUAAAAAUAGAUUGCAUCCUAGGAGUUUGUCGAACUCUUUUACAGACGAAGAGAAUGAUUUGUCUUCGCCUGUCUCAACUCUGCAGCCAAAUCAUUUGAAAAUUAAAAAUAGAAGGUAUAGUACUAAUAGUACUCCAAUAGUUAACAACGGUAACGUUAAUGUUGGAAUGUAUAGAAAUUUUGACCCUUUAAAUGAGAUUAAUACUUCUGCGGUCGCAAAAAUUGAAGAAGCGACAAGAUCACACGUUGAGGAUUUAGAUGAUUUCGAAACAAAGAGACUCAUUUUACGUCGAAAACAUAUUAAUGAUAGAAACGGUAAAAAUGGUUCUGUAAUUACAAAUGAAUCUUUUGGAAAGGAAUUCCUGGAGGAAUAUUUGACGGAACGAGGUUUCUUGCAGCCAAAAGUCAUCACAACAGAUGUAAGUAACGAUCUGAGGAUAUCGAUGGCAAGCACAGGCGAUUGUGUCUUUUUACCGACUGUUUCCACAACAGAUGAUGAAUAUUUGGCAAGAUUACAUGGUUCCACAGAAGAAGAGGAAAUAGAAAAUAAUUUAUCUGCAAAUAGAAAUCUUAACAGUCAACAAACGGAAACAAACGACACUCUAACAAAUAAUAAUGGAGGUGAGUCAACUGAAUCAACACCUGAGAAUCAAAGUACUGUCAACUCUAACAUUGAUAUCGAUAUUGAUGAUUCUAUGUUUUCAUAUAGUAUUGCAGUCAUUUUAUCUCUCAAUAAGACAAUGACUUUAUCCGAUAUUAAUGUAGAAUUGUGUGCAAGGGUAAGGAUAUAUUGGAAUGAAGGCGUUCCGCCAACAAAAACGUUUAAAGAAGAAAUUUAUAAUGCAGGAUCAUCUAAUUGGUUACUUGGGAUCCAUAAUUACAACCUUUAUAUCCCUUUAAUAAUUGAUGAAUCGAAAGCAGAUGAUAAUAAAAUAAUCGAAAAUAAUAACAUAAAUUUGAUAAAAGGAAUAAAUAAGGAAAAUGGAAAGAAUAAUUCUACAAGUAAAGAAACCUUUUUCAAAGUUAGUGAUCCCUACAAAAGAAUAUACACUGAUAAAUUAAAAAAUAAAAAGAAAUUGUUUGAAGAAAUUUCUAAGUCAGAUAACGAAAAUGUAUUUCAACCUGGUGAUUAUAUGUUCAUUUUACCAAUUAUUUUUACUAAUAACAUCCCAGAAUCUAUAUAUUUACCAUCUGCGAGAGUCGGAUAUAGAUUGUGUGUUGCUUUAAAAGAGUUGGAUAAAGGUUCAGCACUCCAGACUAAGAAAAAUACAAAUCCAAAGAAUAGUACAAAUAAAUCAACCACAAAUGACGGUGCUCCUUUCGCUCAUAAAUUUAACUUGUUUAAAAAAGUAAAAGAGCAACUUCAUACUAAUACAAGUUCCGCUUCAGGUAGUUCAAAUGUGGUUUCAAAUUCUACAACUGAUAUGUAUUCUGAGAUGCCCAUCAAUAUUAUUAGAUCUCCUCCGCCAAUUUCUAUCUCGACUGCAAACAAAUCUAUUUAUAUUAAUAGGGUAUGGUCUAAAUCAUUAUCUUAUGAGAUUUCAUUUGGUCAAAAAUAUGUUCCUGUAAAUAAUAAAUUUCCUAUUAAAAUUAAACUGGCUCCGUUAACAAAAGAUAUUAAAGUUAAAAGGGUUCGUGUAAGUAUUGUAGAGAAAAUUACUUUUGUUAGUAAAGAUCUUGAAUACGAAUAUGACCAAAUUGAUAUUGUUGCAAAAGAUCCAUAUAAUCCAUAUUUUAUGGAAUUUGACCAGAAAAGGAAAAAAGAACGUAAUUUGUCAUUAUUAGAGAUUAGAACAAAAGAUAAAGGUUCACGUUCUAUUAGAGAAGAAAUUAUAGAUAACUGUAUAGAUGAUAACAUAUUAUCAUACACUGAAAUUCCAGAUGAAGGCAGUCCAAAAUCCAAACAUAAGAAAAAAGAAGUCAAAGGAUUUAAUGAACCAUUGACCAUAGUUUCACAGUUAGAAUUCCCAAAGUACUUUGAUAUGGAUCAAAAAUCGGCUAAAUUAAUACCUCCGUAUGGUAUUGAUCUUUAUUCAUUGGAGACAAAUUCAGAGAAAGAGAAUGAACAACCACAUAAAAGUGGUGUUAUGGGAUUUUUUUCAAGUAGGAGAGCUUCUAUUAUAUCGAGAGAAUCAGACAAACACUCUGCUGCGCCUGAUCCAAGAUUACAUGAAACAAAGUUUUAUACCAAUGCAGAAAAUACUGUUCAAUGCCAUACAAGAAUUAACAAAGCCAAGCGUGGUUUAUAUUUGGACAGUUUACAUUUCAGCAAUAUCCAUUGCAGGCAUAAACUUGAAAUUAUGUUAAGAAUUUGUAAACCCGAUGCAGAUGAUUCAGCCAAACUAAGAAAUUAUGAAGUCUUGAUAGACAUCCCGAUUUUUUUAAUAUCAGAAUUAUGUAAUGCUGAGAAUUUAGAAUUGCCAACUUAUGAAAUGGCUUUGACCACUGAUAAAAAUCCAAGCUCUCCGGUUAUUACUUCAUCGUUGCCAACUUUUGAGCAAGCAAUUUCGGUUCCUGGAUCCCCAAUAAACUCGCCAUUUUUAUUCUCAGUUAAUUCUGGAAAUCCAGAAGAUGAAAGAUACAUCGAUGAUUUACACAUUCAACAAUUAAACUUAUCUAGAGCCUCAUCUGUAUCUGGAGAAUCUUCGAAUCCUCAUGCUCAUAGAACUUCAGAGGAUUUGAACAACAUUCUAACUAGAACGAAGACAUUUUCCGGUGAUGGCACUUCAAAAUUUGAUCCAAGACUCAAAUCUUCGGUUGGUUCCAAUUAUGGUAAUCUAGAUGGGCUUUUAGCUCCAAAUGUAUCAAAUAAGCAAAGAAAUCGUGCGACAUCUUUCAAUCAUGUCUCGAUGCCACAAAAUAAUAUCUUCAACCCGAAUUACUCUGUUGGUAAAUACCAUGAUAAUGAGCAUGCAAUUCAGGAUGAUGAAGAUGAAGAUGGCAGCAAUAACGAUGAUACCGUGAGUUGUAGCACAGAGUCCAUUGGCUCGUAUAGAGGUGAAACGGAUUUGCAUGAACCUCCGAACUAUAAUGAAAUAAUACCGUUGAUGAGCAAUGAUAACUGA